ACGGAGCGGGUGCGGUGCAUGACCAGACACAUCUAUAACCGGGAGGAGUACGUGCGCUUCGACAGCGACGUGGGCGAGUACCGGGCGGUGACCGAGCUGGGCCGGCGGACCGCCGAGAACUGGAACAGCCAGAAGGACCUCCUGGAGCAGGAACAGGCCAAGGUGGACACGUACUGCAGACACAACUACGGGGCUGUGGAGUGCUUCACGGUGCAGCGGCGAGUGGCGCCUACAGUGACUGUGUAUCCUGCAAAGACACAGCCCCUGCAGCACCACAACGUCCUGGUCUGCUCUGUGAAUGGUUUCUAUCCAGGCCAUGUUGAAGUCAGGUGGUUCCGGAACGGCCAGGAGGCGGGGGUGGUCUCCACAGGCCUGAUCCCUAAUGGAGACUGGACCUUCCAGACCAUGGUGAUGCUUGAAACAGUCCCUCAGAGUGGAGAGGUCUACACCUGCCACGUGGAGCACCCCAGCCGGACCAGCCCUGUCAUAGUGGAAUGGAGGGCACAGUCUGAAUGUGCUCAGAGCAAGAUGCUGAGUGGAACUGGGGGCUUUGUUCUGGGUCUGCUCUUCCUUGGGGUGGGGCUGUUCAUCUACUUCAGGAAUCAGAAAGUUGACCUCAAAUUUCCUGGAAAUCCAGAAAUUGACAGUCCAUGGUUAGCUGUGGUUGAAACAUAAAAGGUGAUGGCCUACAGAGAUAAGAAAAAGGUUAACAUGCAUGGAGAUUUUGGGUGGAGAUCCUGGGGCAAAUGCAGGAAGAGACACAGGGGUGAUGAAAUUACACUGGAUUUGUGUGACAGAAGCUUCAUCCUCUCAGUGUCUGUUCUCUCUACCCUGGCAUCAUGUGAAGUGGGUUGUGGUGUUAGAGAAGUCUUAGGAGAGUUGUCUGGGCCCAGGGACAUUGUGUUUGGGGAUAGAUUUACCUCCGUAUCUUUUAAGUAUAUAUCUUCCCUCCUCUUUUCCAGAACAUCCUGCACUUCAGCCAACAGGUAAUGCUCUUUAACUCUCUUUCAGGAUCAUAUUUAGUCUCCCUAUAACAGAUGGUAGAAGUGACAAGACAGGAGACAGAAAUAAUGAGAAAGACUUUGGAUCUGACUUCUGAUCAAGCAGUUUACAUUAAAGCUUCUUCUCUCCACUAAACAGAGGGCUUGAACUCUAAAAGUGGCUUUGGCUCAGGGAGACUUAAGAAUUUUUCCCCUUCUUACUGCAGUGCUUUAACAUGAAGGCCUGAGAGACAGAGAGAGGGGAAAAAAGCUGCUUGUAAAGUUAAGACAGGAAAUGACACUGUCCUCUGUCUCCUGCAGGACUCCUCCGCUGAAGAACCUUCUGUCCCGGCUUCUUCAUGGCCUAAACAGGUCUCCUGCUUAGCUCUUAUUCUUCCAAAACGAGAGUGUUUAUCAGGAUCUGGUUUGUUCCUGGUUGAGUGACCCUGCAGAAAACGUCCUUCUUGCUGGUUUCCUCAGCCCCCGCAUUUGACCUGGACAUUCCUCAUAUUGUUUGCAACACCUUAUCUUCAUUCUUUCCUGGUUCCCUCUGUUUUCAAUCUUUACUGCCUCCUGUGCACCUGAUCUCAUCUUCUGUCCAUAUUAUUAUAUAAUGUUUUUCUCAAAUAAAUAUGGAGUAACAAUCAUCUGCUUCAUACAGUUUCAAGGAAAGAAGAAGAAAGAAAAGAGAAAGGGAGGAUUUCAUCGCAAAACUAUUAAUGGUUAUUAUUUAUAUUCCUGAAUUUUGGUCACUUGUGGAACUGGAGGUUUCCUUGUUUCUCUCCCUGUUUUUUCCUCGAGGUUUCUGCAUUUUGUCAUUAGGCAUGUUUUCCUGAGCUAGGAGAAAGCCCUUAAUUGACCCUAUCAUGACGGUUUCCUGCAUCUUUGUAAUCUCAAAGAUAAGCACACUUUAUAAAAAUCUGUUAUUAUUUAAAAAUUACGAAAUUUAUAAUCAUGCUCUUUUCCUCUUUUUCCAUGAUUUUUAAAGAAAUUAUCUAAUCCUGGGUUAGUUCACACCUUGAUCACCUCUUUAAUUAGACUAAUGGUGGGCUUCAACAUUUGUCUUUUUCUGUCACUCAGAUAAACAUCAGCGACAUGCUGACUCUUUGGCUGGGAUGCAUUCUUCCCCAUAAAUAGGUUUUGGAAGGCCAUCAGGACAGAGCCACAACUCAUGUCAAUAAGAUGCAUUUCUGAGGCCCUCCAGUUUCUGUCACAAACUUACUGUCUUUCAAGGGAAAAUCCUGUAUGGAUCUUAUCUCAGCAGAAAUCAGAGACAAUUCUGAGAAACAAAGGAAAAUUUAUGAAUACAGGGAUGUUCAUUCAAACAAUGAAAUAUCCUGCAGUUGGAAGACAAAUGAGAAUCCCUGUUAAGGAAUAAUCCCCAAAAUGCACUUUCAGUAGGUAUAGGAGAUUUGUAUAGUAUACAACAUUUAAAAAAAAUAAGAUAGAGGAGAAUAGAAAUAUAUCACUAUACCCUAUCUAUCUAUCUAUCUAUCACUUACUUACAUUUGUAAAUAUAAACAAUGGCAGGAAUUUUUAAAAAAAUGGUUGCCUUUAGGGCCAGAUGAGAGAAUAGGUUGAAGGGGACAAAUAUGAAAGCCAGACUUUUUGGAAUAUAUUUAAUAGUUUUAACUUGAGGGACAUUCAAAUAUUUUAUGUAAUAAAAAUUUUAAAUCAAAAGUUUAACAAGGAGAUACAUAAAAACUAAAAACAAACUGGAAUGAUUAAAACAAACUUGACAAAAAUUAUAUGAUGGGAAACAAGCUAGAAAAGUAAAUCAAACUUUUUUUGACCCUUGCAUAAAAGAUUGUAGAACUAUAAUUGUAGAUAAGUAUAUAGUUCUAAAUUCCAAAGACUUUAAUAAUGUAAGCGAGUUGGAUAGGCUCAGAGAAAGGUAAUUAAACUGGUUAAGAAGACGGUGGGUUCUGCUAUUGUAUUCCAUCUGAAGAGUCAGUUUCAAAUGUAAAUCAAAUCUAAACAGUAGUUAAUAGAUUCAGAAGUUUAUUUCAAAGUAAUAGUUGAAUUCUCCACAGUCAGACAUAACUAUUAUUUUAUUUUCAAGC